AUGGGCGAGCGGCAGGGAGGACCAGGGGGCGCGCUGGAGGUGGAGGGUCAUUCCUGCCGGCAUGUGUACUUCUUGGGCGACCCUGCGCCGGGACUGAGGUGGUGGCUGCUCUUGGCUCACCUUGAAGGGGCUCGGAGACCCCCACUGAUAGCGCCCGGUGCCCAGCCCCGUGGGGAGGGGCUGCAGGAGGGCUCAAAGCUGGUGGGGGGUGCAGAGGGCACUGAGGACUGUGAUCCAACCCCUGGCGAUGUGAGACCCAUCAGCGAUGUGGCAGAAGAGGCUGGGACUGAGAAGGGGCUGCAGAACCGGGGGAGGGCUUCUGGCCGGAGGUGCCUCUUACUGGCCAAGUGGUGGCCCGCGUCCCGACAGCGCUUCCCGGCCUGGGGCCACAGCCCGAGCGUGUCCGCGCAGGGGCCGCCCAUCCUGCUGGGCUUCCCGGGGCCGCGGGGCCUGCAUGUCGGGCUCCUCCUACUCUUCCUGGUCGUGCACGUGCUCAUGGAGGCCGGGAACCUGGCCAUCAUCUCCGUGGCCGGAGCGCACCAGCGCCUGCAGACGCCCAUGUACUUCUUCCUCUGCACCCUCUCCCUUCUGGAGCUCUGGGUCACCGCGGCCUGCGUGCCCAUGACCCUGGCCGCCUUCGCCUUGCGGAGCGGAGCCGUCUCCUUCGCGGGCUGCGCCGUGCAGAUGUACUUCGUCUUCUCGCUGGGCUGCACUGGGUGCUUCCUGCUGGCCGCGAUGGCCUACGACCGCUACCUGGCCAUCUGCCUGCCGCUGUGCUACAGCAGCAUCGUGGCGCCCUGCCCCUCCGCCCGCCCGGCCCCGGGCUCCUGGCUCUGCGGCUUCUCGACCGUCACCGUGCCCGCUGCCUCAUGGCCUCGGCUCUCUUUCUGCAGCUCGCACAUCGUCAACCACUUCUGCUGCGACGUCGCAUCCUGGGUCGUGCUGUCCUGCAGCGACACGCGGGCAGUGGAGCCGGCGUCCUUUAGCAUCGCCUUCUGCCUCGUCCCGGGCUCCUGCGUCAUCACGCUGUCUCACGCUGCCUGCAUCGGCGUCAGGAUCCCCUUGGCCCAGGGCCGGCAGCAGGCCUCCUCCACCAGCUCGUCCCACUUCGCGGCGGCCCUCAUCUGGUACGGCUCUACCACCUUCCCGCGUGGGAGGGCCUUGGCGGGGAGCUCGCUGGACCUGACCAAGGCCCUCACUGUGCUGAGCGCCAUCGCCCCGGUGCUGAACCCCUUCAUCUACGCCCUGAGGAACAAGGAUGUCGACGCUCUGCAGAGGUGGUUGCGGGGGGAAGCGAGCCCCUGCGGGCCACUCUGCGUGGCUGAAAGUAGCACCCUGAAAUCACCGUGGCCCUCCUCUCUCGCUGGGACCGACUCCACCCUCUUCCCUCCAGGCAUCCAUGCCCCGCUGGCUCGCUCUGGACAGGUCCUGUGGCCCCAGCACCUUGGAGACCCCGCUGUGUGGCAGGCCCUGGUCAAGCUGCACCUGCUGUUCCAGGGCUGCGUCUCUGUUCCCCCACCCCCUCCCCGUGGAUGGUGGAGAGACCUUCCCUCCCAGACAGACUCUCCAGCCGCCCAGCACCCGCCCCUGGUGCAGUGCACAGUCCUGUCUGGCUUGGAUGGCACGGCCCUCACUCAUUCCUCGCACCUGAACCCCACGUGA